AUCUGUGGGGUCAGUUGAUCGGGCAAAACACGGCAGUAGCUCAAGCAGAGAGGAAACAUGGAGCAUCAGCAGGUUGAUAGAGUGGGCCUCCUGUCUCCGCUGGAGGAGUCCAGUGCUGAGAUCAGCAGAGACAGCGGCAUCGUCUCCCAAAGUGCGAGCAGUUUGUCCAUGGUGAGCGAAAUCCUCAGCAGCGGCACCGUGUCGCAGAGCCCCAGCUUCGGGGCGAACGCAGCUAACAUAGUUAUCUCCCAAAGCCCGAGCCUUGACGAGGCAGCAGAGCCCGGGACGACGAGCCAACAACAGUCGGAGGAGCAGGACGACGAGCUCCUGCGACACACGGCGCUCAGCUACUCGUCCUACAUCAGGUCAACAGCCGGAGAAGAGAUCAUGUGCCUGGAGAAGAGCCUGGAAGAAAUGCUGACGAGAGUAGAUGAAUUUGUUGGAAUGCUGGAUAUGAUCCGUAACGAUACCUCCCAGAUAGUGAACGAAAACCUACCUCAAAUCCAGCAGAAGUCUGAUGAAAUGAGACAAAUAUACAGGAAAAUUGAUAAGUUAGAGUCCUUCGUGAAGAUGGUGGGCGCUAAUGUCAAUGCCAUGGAGGAGCAAGUCAUGCAGGCAGAGGGAGAACUCGGAACACUACCGAGUGCUUUCAAAAAGAUCCUUCGCAUCCCAGGCUUCUUACAUAAACCAGCCAGCCCGAGAAGAUCAACACCACAUCAGCGUCAAGAUAUCCCCAGUGUGUUCCGGACAGAUGAUUAUUUCAUAUCACAGCCAGAGCAAUGACACACCUCAACACUGGACACAAAACUUGGUUCUAACCACAGAGGCCUGUGUGGGUGAAAGUAUAGAGACAACUUUUACUGCCAUCCAUUGCGAGAGGAUCUGUUGAUGCAGUGGCCUCAACAAAGCAAUAGUAGCCUAUCUGAACAAGUCACUGGAAGCGAGAGAGUGUGAAGACACUGCACUUUUGAGUGUUGUUUCCCUGGCAGCAACAAGCACUGAACUGAGCAAAAGUAGUUUGAAAUGUGCCUCAAUGGGUCUUAUACCCUGUCGGUCCUUAUUUCACUAAUUGUGAAGAGAACAAUGUGUGUUGUUAAGUGUGACAAGAGGACAGAGUCAUCCCACUGUAAAGAAGGUACAAUAGGAAAUGCUGUUAAGAUCUUAAGAUAUAAUACAUGAAGGAUGAACCCAGCCUUUUUAUAAAUUACAUUCCUAUUACCAGUAUUUGUAAAAAAUUGACAUGCUCUAAUGAAUCAAGCCCUAUUUUUUAGCAUCUUAUCGCUUUCCCCCAAGCAAUAUUUACUUUCACCUGUAUUUGUCUUCCACUUUAAGAUAUUCACCCUAUUGCUAACCUGAUACUACUAACCUUUGAUGACAGCUGUCCUGCUGAUACAAAGCUACAUUUUUAAAUGGCACCUUUCCUCAAAAAAGAAAAAGCACACUAUUGAUGCUGUAUGUUAGAUUUACAAGCCAGACCAUCUGAUUUCUCAAAGUUUGGGCCAGUUGAGAUGGAGUGAGUUUUAUACCAAAAACUGGAGGAAAGCUGGAUCUCAUCCUUCAAAGAAAACCACACCUUUAGAGAUGUGAUAUAGCCCUUUCACUUUCAACAAAUAAUAUUGGGCAGAGCAGUGAUAAAUCAUUUGAUUCAUAAUUUUGCCAAAACUUUGAAAUAAAUGUUUCAUUUUAA